AUGGCCUAUCCCUUCAUCCAGGACUACAGUGUAUUUCCGUGGCACCAACUUACGUCCUACGAUGUUCCUGCCCCUUUGCUCAACAUGCCACGUAUCUUCGAGCUCGGCCAAAAUCUGCUGGAAUGUUUCCUCCAACCCAUGCGCAUGAUACCGAACCAAGCCAUCCCCGACGGUCCACCCGAAACGCCUGACCACUCCGCCGUCAUGUCGCUGCAUCUCACCAGAGGCUUCUUUUAUGCUCUCUCCACACAGUUGCAGCAUCUUCCCCGAUUUCACAACCUCCGCCGCCGGUUUACGCUCAUACCCCUCUUCGCCAAGUCAGGCGCACGGCUCGAGGUGACAUUUGGCGUGAAGACCGACGCGGACACGAUCCGCACCUGCCUGACGCACACGCUUGAGGUGAACGUGCUCCAGAUCCAUCGUGUUGCAUAA